GGCUUGGUUUAAUUUAUAAAUUGCUUUAUUCCACUGUAGGCAAAACAUACAGAACAUUGAGUGUGAAACACACUCUGUACAGUCAGUAACACUUCUGUUUGCAUACUAUAACAAAAAUAAAAGAACAGGAGCAUUCAAGACCAUUUCAGUUGGGCUUCACAAUAUAUGUGCUCUCUCUGACCAAGGCAGAGGCUGUCCUAGUGCCUGACUGAUUCUUUGGUGUCUUUGUACUGAUCAAAUUUGUCAACACACUAACGUUGGAUGUCUUGUGAAUGACCAGUCCAUAUAUUGCUAAUGAAUGGGCCAUUGAGAUCUAUGCAAAGGCAACUUCACUUAAAUCACACCUUGCCUGCCUACGGAUGGCCAAUCCAGCAGGAGGCUAAUUGGGGAAAGUGCUACUUUCCAGGAAAUUUAGAACGCAACAUAUCACAAUCCUGUCCAAGUCAUUUUCAUGGAAAAUGGCCACAAAUUUGCACACUGCAGCAAUAUUGGUUGAAUUGCUGAUACCUAAAAAAUGUUUGCAGGUAAUUUACCCCUGGGAAAUUGCAGUCCUCUCUCACUGCUGCGUCUUUAUUGUCAAGUUGCUGUUGAUCUAAUCAAUACUAUGUUUUCUGUGCAGGUACUUCCUGACUGGAUAAUGAAAAUAUUUUGUAUUCUUACUAUUUUCUUUAGAAUAACAAUAACAAAAGACACAAAAGUGCCAAAUGCAUGCCUAUUCACCAUUAACAAGGAGGACCAUACCCUGGGUAAUACCAUUCGAUCACAGUUAUUGAAAGAUCCUCAGGUGUUAUUUGCGGGUUACAAAGUACCACAUCCUUUAGAACAUAAAAUAGUUAUCCGUGUGCAAACUACUCCAGACUACAGUCCACAAGAGGCAUUUACAAAUGCCAUCACUGAUCUGAUCAGUGAGUUAUCCCUCCUGGAGGAGCGGUUCCGGGUUGCCAUUAAAGACAAACAAGAAGGAAUUGAAUAAGACUUUGACAUCAGAACAUGACAUACUUGCAUUUCACUUUUUAAGAUAAUAUUGUGUGACCAACUUGACAAAAUAAAAUGUAAAGUUUUUUAUAAAAUACCUGGAAUCUUUUUAAUGUGAUUACUGGGGUCUUUUACCCACUUGGAUAUUGCAAAAUAUAUGUAACGCAGAGCAUGUCAGAAGUGAUGUGUUUUAGUUGUAAAAUGUCAGUUUUAUCCACAACCAAAUAUAAUCGGUAUUGGACAUCU